UGGGAUGUCUGGCCCCUGAUCUCUUUGUGUCUAUGCAAAGGGUGUAAGUGGCAAAGGGAGAAACUGCGACGUUGUGUGCAUCCUACAGCUGUGAAAGAAAAAUAUAUAUAACACAAGUCAAUUAGAAACAGGAAACCUAUUGUUUAUACAAAGGAGCCAGUUCAACGUGGACACAUCUUAAAGGUUGCAUUAGCAGCAUCUCUGUGUAUUUGAAAAAGGGGAACAAGUCAAGUUGUGAAAGCACCAGAGGAGGAGAAAAUCGCCACACAAGUUUUCACAAUCCUCUCGAGCUGGUGGAAAUAUCGUCAAUAUGUCCGGCAGCGAGGACGAUAGGGACGAUUUUGAACAUCGGUCGAUGAUGCAAGAUGAGGACGACCUGGAUGAAGAGAUGUCAGAGAAUGAAGCCCCCAAGGUGAAGAAGAAGAAGAAAGCCAAAAAAAGUAGCCGCGAGAGCAAAGGCAGCAAGAGAAGUCGCUCCCGCAGAGAGGAUGUCAGUUCACCAGAACCAGCGGACGGCCCUGAUCUGGAUGAUGAGGACGAUCGUUCGGACAGCGAGGGAAGUGACUACACACCGGGCAAGAAAAAAAAGAAAAGAGCCAGCACAUCAAAGGAGAAGAAGCGAAGCAGUUCUGCCGGCGAAAGAACCUCAGCGGCAUCCAAACGCAGGGAACCUGAGGAAGAUGAAGACGAGGAUGAUGAUGAUUCUGAGCCAAAGAGUUCCUCCCAGCUUCUUGAUACGUGGGGUAUGGAGGACAUCGAUCAUGUCUUUACUGAGGAAGACUACAGAACUCUGACCAAUUAUAAAGCCUUCAGCCAGUUUGUCAGGCCCCUAAUCGCGGCCAAGAAUCCCAAAAUUGCUGUCUCCAAAAUGAUGAUGGUUUUGGGUGCAAAGUGGCGAGAGUUCAGCACCAACAACCCUUUGCGGGGCGCAGCCGCUGCCACUACGGCUCUGGCAGCGGCCACCGCCGCAGCGUCUGUCGACGUCUCUGCAGUUGCAGAAGCUGCAUCCGCUGCACCUGCACCCCCGCUCAUUGCUGAACAAUCUGCUCCGGUGGUUCCCAUACGCAAGGCCAAGACUAAAGAGGGCAAGGGUCCAAAUGCACGCAAGAAGUCUAAGCCCGCUCCCAAACCUCAGGAGAAGAAGGUUAAGACCAAGAAGGUUGCUCCUUUGAAGAUCAAACUAGGAGGCUUCAACAGCAAGAGGAAACGCUCAUCUAGCGAAGAGGAUGAUGUUGACGUGGACAGUGAUUUCGAUGACGGCAGCAUGAACAGCGUGUCGGUGUCAAACGGUUCAAACAGUCGCAGCAGUCGUAGCAGCGCUAAGAAGAAGCCCAAGAAGAAGACGAAAAAGGGAGACGAAGAGGGUGAUGGCUAUGAAACUGAUCAUCAGGACUACUGUGAGGUCUGUCAGCAGGGUGGAGAGAUCAUUCUCUGUGACACCUGCCCGAGAGCCUAUCACAUGGUCUGCUUGGACCCAGACAUGGAAAAGGCACCAGAAGGCACCUGGAGCUGCCCACACUGCGAGAAGAUGGGCAUUCAGUGGGAGGCACGUGAGGACGCGUCAGACGGUGAGGAAGAUAAUGAGGCCGGAGGCGGUGAGGCAGAAGAGGAUGACCAUCACAUGGAGUUUUGCAGAGUUUGUAAAGAUGGUGGAGAGCUUCUGUGCUGUGACUCCUGCCCUUCAUCAUACCACAUCCACUGCCUUAACCCACCCCUACCCGAGAUACCCAACGGAGAAUGGAUCUGUCCCCGAUGCACUUGUCCUCAUAUGAAGGGUAAGGUGCAGAAGAUUCUGACCUGGCGUUGGACUGAACCUCCUCCCCCGACCCCUGUUCCACGCCCUGCUGACCUUUCAGCCGAAGCUCCAGACCCCUCCCCAUUGGCUGGUCGCCCUGAGAGGGAGUUUUUCGUUAAAUGGCAAAAUAUGUCCUACUGGCACUGCUCCUGGGUUUCUGAACUACAGCUGGAGAUGCACUGUCAGGUGAUGUUCAGAAACUACCAACGCAAAAACGACAUGGACGAGCCCCCACCCAUAGACUUCGGCAUUGAGGGAGAGGAGGACAAGAGCGACAAGAGGAAGAAAAAAGACCCAACCUAUGCCAGGAUGGAGGAGAAAUACUAUCGCUUUGGCAUCAAGAUGGAGUGGAUGAUGAUUCAUCGCAUUCUGAACCACAGUGUGGAUAAAAAGAGUAACAUUCACUACCUCAUUAAGUGGAGGGAUGUAACAUAUGAUCAGUCCACAUGGGAGGCGGACGAUAUGGACAUUCCUGAAUUCGAUGUCUACAAACUGCAGUACUGGAACCACAGGGAGUUAAUGAUGGGUGACGAAGGUAAACCAGGAAAGAGAAUAAAGGUUAAAGGCAAGACGCGGAAACUAGACCGUCCUCCGGAUAACCCUGUUGUGGAUCCGACCAUAAAGUUUGAUCGUCAGCCGGAAUAUCUGGACACUACCGGUGGAACGCUGCAUCCCUACCAGCUGGAGGGUUUGAACUGGCUGCGCUUCUCCUGGGCUCAGGGAACCGAUACUAUUUUGGCAGACGAGAUGGGUCUGGGGAAGACUGUUCAGACUGCUGUUUUCCUCUAUUCACUGUAUAAAGAGGGUCACUCGAAGGGUCCAUUCCUGGUAAGUGCCCCUCUCUCCACCAUCAUCAACUGGGAGCGCGAGUUUGAGAUGUGGGCACCGGACAUGUACGUGGUCACGUACGUUGGUGACAAAGACAGCAGGGCUGUCAUCAGAGAAAACGAAUUCUCUUUCGAGAACAACGCCAUCCGCGGUGGCAAGAAAGCCUCUAGGAUGAAGAAAGAAGCAUCUGUGAAGUUCCACGUUUUGCUGACCUCCUACGAGUUGAUCACUAUUGACACGGCCGUUCUGGGCUCCAUCGACUGGGCAUGUUUGGUGGUUGACGAAGCCCACAGACUGAAGAAUAACCAAUCAAAGUUUUUCAGGGUGUUGAACAACUACCCGCUACAGCACAAGCUCUUGUUGACCGGGACUCCAUUACAAAACAACUUGGAAGAGCUUUUCCAUCUGCUCAACUUCCUCACACCAGAGAGAUUCAGUAAUCUUGAGGGUUUCUUGGAGGAGUUUGCCGACAUCGCCAAGGAGGACCAGAUCAAAAAGCUUCACGAUAUGCUGGGACCGCACAUGCUCAGGCGACUCAAAGCAGACGUGUUCAAGCACAUGCCCUCCAAAACCGAGCUCAUUGUGAGAGUAGAGCUCAGCCCUAUGCAGAAGAAAUAUUACAAGUUCAUCCUGACGCGUAAUUUUGAAGCUCUGAACACUCGCGGUGGAGGAAACCAAGUUUCUCUGCUCAAUGUCGUCAUGGACCUGAAGAAGUGCUGUAAUCAUCCUUAUCUGUUCCCUGUUGCUGCUUCGGAAGCUGCCAAGUUGCCUAAUGGGAUGUACGAAGGCAGUGGCCUUACAAAAGCUGCUGGCAAAUUGAUGCUUUUGCAGAAGAUGAUGCGGAAACUCAAGGACGGCGGACACAGAGUUCUCAUCUUCUCUCAGAUGACCAAAAUGUUGGACCUGCUGGAGGACUUUUUGGAGAACGAGGGCUACAAAUACGAACGUAUCGACGGAAGUAUUACAGGCGGGAUGAGACAGGAAGCCAUCGAUCGCUUUAACGCCCCUGGUGCUCCUCAAUUUGCAUUUCUGUUGUCAACCAGAGCUGGAGGUCUGGGUAUCAAUCUGGCAACCGCAGACACUGUCAUAAUCUAUGACUCCGAUUGGAAUCCUCACAACGACAUUCAGGCCUUUAGCAGAGCUCACAGAAUUGGGCAAAACAAGAAGGUGAUGAUCUAUCGGUUCGUAACCAAAGCCUCAGUAGAAGAAAGAAUCACUCAGGUGGCCAAGAAGAAGAUGAUGUUGACUCACUUGGUUGUGCGCCCCGGAUUGGGUUCAAAGACCGGCUCGAUGUCCAAACAAGAAUUGGAUGACAUCCUUAAAUUUGGAACGGAGGAGCUCUUCAAGGAUGACUUGGAAGGAGAGAACAAAGAGGAGGACAGCAGCGUGAUUCACUACGACGACAAAGCCAUCGAUCGACUGCUGGAUCGUAACCAGGACGCCACAGAUGACACGGAGAUCCAGAGCAUGAACGAGUAUCUCAGCUCCUUCAAAGUGGCUCAGUACGUGGUCAAGGAUGAGGAGGAAGCCGAGGAGGAGGUUCAGAGGGAGAUCAUUAAGCAGGAGGAGAGCGUGGAUCCAGAUUACUGGGAGAAGCUGCUCCGACAUCAUUACGAGCAGCAGCAGGAGGAUCUGGCCCGUAACCUCGGCAAAGGCAAACGAAUCCGCAAACAAGUCAACUACAAUGAUGGCUCUCAGGAGGACAGAGACUGGCAGGAUGAUCAAUCCGACGGCCAAUCGGAUUACUCUGUCGCCUCAGAGGAAGGAGACGAAGACUUUGAUGAGCGAACUGAAGCCAAUUCACGGCGACCCAACAGGAAAGGUCUCAGGAACGAUAAAGACAAGCCGUUGCCCCCCCUGCUGGCCAGAGUGAGCGGCAACAUCGAGGUGUUGGGUUUCAACGCUCGCCAGAGGAAGGCAUUCCUGAACGCCGUGAUGCGGUAUGGGAUGCCGCCGCAAGACGCCUUCACCACCCAGUGGCUCGUCCGAGAUUUGCGCGGAAAGUCAGAGAGAGAGUUCAAAGCUUAUGUUUCCCUCUUCAUGCGGCACUUGUGUGAACCUGGUGCUGAUGGUGCUGAAAGCUUUGCUGAUGGAGUUCCACGGGAGGGGUUGUCACGACAACACGUCCUCACUCGCAUCGGUGUGAUGUCAUUGAUCCGAAAGAAGGUGCAAGAGUUUGAGCAUGUGAAUGGUCAGUGGUCCAUGCCCUGGAUGAUGGAGCUCAAUGAAAAUAAAAUCGCAUCCACUGCCGGCAGCCAACCGGACUCACCCAGCAAAACUUCCUCUACGGGCACUCCGGCAGAUACGCAGCCGAACACGCCCGCCCCAGAGGGUCUUCCCAAAGCAGAAGAUGGUGUGAAAGAGACUGACAAAGAGGUCAAAAAUGGAGAGAAUGAGAAAGAAUCCAGUGAAAGCAAAGACAAUGAUGUCAUUGCCAUCCCGGAUGAUGAGGAGGAUGUUUCUUCAGAAGAGAAAAGCAAAGAGAAGGUCAAAGCCAGCGACUCAUCAUCAUCCUCCGAUUCAGAUAAGUUGGACAGCAAGCAGGAUGAAGUAGAGAAGAAAGACGAGAAAGAUGCCGAGGAGAAGACCGAAGAGAUUAAAUCCAAAGGAUCUGAAGCUGACAAAGGAACUGCAGACACCAAAGGAGAAAAGAAGGAUGAUGAACCUGAGAAGAUGGACACUACUCCUGUUACAGAUGAAAAGAAAGGUCAAAAGGAAGAGAAAGAAUCUGGUAAGACGGAGGAGGUGAGUAAACUCCCGAAUGGAGAAAGUGCCAAAGACGCCGCUGCAGGCGGAACAGAAGAGAGGAAGAAAGCAAAGAGCCGCUUCAUGUUCAACAUUGCAGAUGGAGGAUUUACUGAAUUACACUCUUUAUGGCAAAAUGAGGAGAGGGCCGCCACAGUUACCAAGAAGACCAAUGAGAUCUGGCAUCGUCGCCAUGACUACUGGCUACUCGCUGGAAUCAUACAACACGGUUACGCCCGCUGGCAGGACAUUCAAAAUGACGUUCGGUUUGCUAUUCUCAACGAGCCCUUUAAGGGCGAGAUCAACCGAGGGAACUUCCUGGAGAUCAAGAACAAGUUUCUGGCCAGGAGGUUCAAGUUGCUGGAACAGGCGCUGGUCAUCGAGGAACAGCUGCGCAGAGCUGCGUAUCUGAACAUGACCGAAGACCCGUCUCACCCCUCCAUGGCUCUUAACACACGCUUCAGUGAAGUGGAGUGUCUUGCCGAAUCUCACCAGCACUUGAGCAAAGAAUCCAUGUCGGGAAACAAACCCGCCAACGCCGUCCUGCACAAAGUGCUGAAACAGCUGGAAGAGUUGCUAAGCGACAUGAAAGCAGAUGUCACUCGUCUCCCGGCGACUAUCGCCAGGAUACCACCCGUUGCAGUGAGGCUGCAGAUGUCGGAGAGGAACAUCCUCAGUCGUUUGGCCAGCCGAGGACCAGACACACAGUCACAACAGGUGCAGCAGUAGCCAGGGUUGAACUUUGAGAGCGAUGCACACCAUGUCUACAUUCCUGAUUGCACACGAUAUCUCGUCUUGACUUGAAUUCACGGCCCCUCGUACUGUCCGAUAAAAUCUGGGGUCGUGUGUAUUCAGGCUGUUGUUUUUUAUUUUCCUAAUAUUGUUUACAUAAUAUUGUUGAUGAUGGUUUUUGGGACCUAAAAUAAAAAUGUAAUAAAGGUUUCUGUUCCUUUUAA